AUGAUUGCAAACGCGUUACGAAGAGAAGCGCGCAAAGCGUUGACCGGUGUCGCGCGAAGACGAGAGAGUUUGCGAGCGUCGAUUACUGCGACGACGAGUAUUCAGUAUUCCACGAACGCGGACGCGUACGCGAAACUGAAACCAGGCAUCACGUGGCCGAAAGCCUGUAACGACGAUUUGAAAACCGUGGACCCGGAAAUUUUUGACAUCAUCGAGAGAGAAAAAGAGAGACAAUGGAAAGGCUUGGAGUUAAUUCCGUCGGAGAACUUUACCUCGGCUUCGAUUUUAGAAGCGCUCGGAUCGGUCAUGACGAAUAAGUAUUCGGAAGGGUACCCGGGGGCGAGAUAUUACGGAGGGAACGAAUGGAUCGAUAUGGCGGAGAGUUUGUGCCAAAAGAGAGCGUUGGAGGCGUUUCAUUUGAACCCAGACGAGUGGGGAGUGAACGUGCAGUCCUUGUCUGGUUCUCCGGCGAACUUCCAAGUGUACACGGCGUUGUUGAACCCAGGGGACAGAAUCAUGGGUUUGGACUUGCCGCACGGCGGUCACUUGUCGCACGGUUUCCAAACCGACGCCAAGAAGAUUUCCGCCACGUCCAUUUACUUCAACUCCAUGCCAUACAGAUUGGACGAAUCUACGGGUUUGAUCGAUUACGAGAAGUUGGACGAGUUGGCGCAAGCGUUUAGACCGAAGAUUAUCAUCGCCGGUGCGUCCGCGUACUCGAGAAAGAUCGAUUACGCGAGAAUGCGCAAGACGUGCGACGAUACCAAGGCGUUGAUGUUGGCGGAUAUGGCGCACAUUUCCGGUUUGGUCGCCGCGAAAUUGAUCCCGUCGCCGUUUGAAUACGCCGACGUGGUCACGACGACGACGCACAAAUCUUUGAGAGGUCCGAGAGGGGCGAUGAUCUUUUACCGCAAAGGGAAGAAGGGCGUGAACAAGAAGACGGGGAAAGACAUCAUGUACGAUUACGAGGAGAAGAUUAACUUUUCCGUUUUCCCGGGAUUGCAAGGUGGGCCGCACAACCACACCAUCUCUGGUUUGGCCGUCGCUUUGAAGCAAGCGCAAACGCAAGAAUUCGUCAAGUACCAACAGCAAGUCAUGAAGAACAUGGUUGCGAUGGUUGACAGAUUGAAAGAACACGGCGUGAAGAUCGUUUCGGAAGGCACGGACAACCACUUGGUGUUGUGCGAUUUGAGACCGUUUGGCGUGGACGGUAGUCGCGUGGAGAGAGUGUUGGAGUUGGCGCACAUCGCGUGCAACAAGAACACCGUCCCGGGGGACAAAUCCGCGUUGGUUCCGGGUGGUUUGCGUUUAGGUACGCCGGCGUUGACGACGAGAGGUUUCACCGAGGAAGACUUUGUUAAGGUUGCGGAUUACAUCAAGAAAGGCAUCGAUAUUUCGGUUGAAAUUAGUAAAGAAGUUGAAGGGAAGAAGUUUGGGGACUUCAAGAAGGUUUUGGAGUCCAAGGAGUUCCCGGCGAUUGCCGCGUUGAAGAAGGAAGUGGAAACUUUGGCCGAGGAGUUCCCGACCAUCGGCUUCGACAAGGCUGAAGGCAAGUACACGAAGUAA